GUUACUUCCCCCUUCCCUUCUUUCCCGGCUGUAGCAGGGUCCAAGCUGCCUGCGAGGGCAAGGGAGACGGCGAGAUUGGCUGCGGACUGUACAGAUCAGCCAGAGAACGGAGUCACUCUGUCUCUCUCUCUCACACACACACAUGCACAUACACACGCGCGCGCACACACACACACACACACGAGCACACGCACAUACACGCAUACACUCAAAACUCGGCCCGGCAGCACCGCGGCUGCUCCAGUCCCUGGAAAAGGCGAGCGAGCGCCUCGGGACCGCUGCGCGCACCCGGCUCCGGCACUGCGCCCGACGCAGCGCUGGUCCCCGUCGCCAGCGCGGCCGUUUGGGCCGUGUGUUCCCGAAAAUAAAGCGAGUGGGGAGGGUAGAGACAGAUCCUGAAAACACCCUGGCCACACACGCCGAGACUUAAGCUCUUUCUCAGCGUCCGAGUGGAGACGGCGCCCGCAGAGCCCUGCGCCGGUGAGGUCCGCGCCGCUGUCCGGGAAGAGCCCACCUGCCGGUCCGCGGUCGGCCAGCGCCAAAAGUGGGGCUCGUCACUGUGCUGCUCAGGCAGUGUCCGGGGCUCCGGGCGCCCUCGCCCCAGCUAGUUUGGAGUUCACCUCUCGGCUCUGCCACCGACCCCUCGCGCCUUUGGAGGGACCCCCGGCAACGCAGAGAGGGUCGCGCAGCGCCAGGACCUCGCUAUGGCUGGGGCGCGCAGGCUGCUCUAUCUGUGGCUGGGCUGCUUCUGCGUGAGCCUGGCGCAGGGAGAGAGACUGAAGCAGCAUUUCCCGGAGCUCCCCAAGACUGUGCCAGGCGACCGCACGGCAGGUGGUGGCUCUGGCCCGGUGCUGCGGCCGCACGACAAGGUGUCGGAGCACAUGCUGCGACUCUACGACAGGUACAGCGGCAGCGGCAGGGCCGAGGCGGCGCGAACACCAGGGAUCUCCGAGCGGGGAUCGCAGUCCCUGCGCCCCCAACCCCUGCGCGAAGGCAACACGGUUCGCAGCUUUCGAGCCGGAGCAGCAGGAACCCUUGAAAGCAAGGGACUGCAUAUUUUUAACCUGACUUCUCUAACCAAGUCUGAAAAUAUUUUAUCUGCCACAUUGUAUUUCUAUAUUGGAGAGCUAAUAAACACCAGCCUGAGUUGUCCAGUGUCCCAAGGAUGCUCACAUCAUGCUCAGAGAAAACACAUUCAGAUUGAUCUUUCUGCAUGGAUCCUCAAAUCCAACAGAAACCAAAGUCAACUCCUCGGUAAUCUUUCCGUGGAUGUAGCCAAACCUCAUCGAGACUUUGUGUCAUGGCUGUCUAAAGACAUCACUCAAUUCUUGAGGAAGGCCAAGGAAAAUGAAGAGUUCCUCAUAGGAUUUAACAUUACCUCCAAAGGACACCAGCUGCCAAAGAAGAUGUUGCCCUUUCCUGAGCCAUAUAUUUUGGUGUAUGCCAAUGAUGCUGCCAUUUCUGAGCCAGAGAAUGUAGUAUCAAGCUUACAAGGACACCGGAAUUUCCCCAUUGGAGCUGUGCCAAAACUGGAUAGCCAUAUCAGGGCUGCCCUUUCUAUUGAACGGAGGAAGAAGCGCUCUACUGGAGUCCUGCUGCCUCUGCAAAACAAUGAGCUUCCUGGGGCAGAAUAUCAAUAUAAAGAGGAGGGGGUAUGGGAAGAAAGAAAGCCUUACAAGACCCUUCAGACUCAGCCCCCUGAGAAGAGUAAGAACAAAAAGAAACAGAGAAAGGGACCUCAACAGAAGAGCCAGACGCUCCAGUUUGAUGAACAGACCCUGAAGAAGGCAAGAAGAAAGCAAUGGAUUGAACCUCGAAAUUGUGCCAGGCGAUACCUUAAAGUGGACUUUGCAGAUAUUGGCUGGAGUGAAUGGAUUAUCUCCCCCAAGUCCUUUGAUGCCUAUUAUUGCUCCGGAGCAUGCCAGUUCCCCAUGCCAAAGUCUUUGAAACCAUCCAAUCACGCUACCAUCCAGAGCAUAGUGAGAGCUGUGGGGGUCGUUCCUGGAAUUCCUGAACCUUGCUGUGUGCCAGAAAAGAUGUCCUCUCUCAGUAUCUUAUUCUUUGAUGAAAAUAAGAAUGUGGUACUUAAAGUGUAUCCUAACAUGACAGUAGAGUCUUGUGCUUGCAGAUAACCUGGCAAAGAACUCAUUGGAAGGCUUAAUUCAAUCAUUCGUUUAUUUUUAUGGACUUUUUUUAUUUUGCACUGCCAAUGCAUUUCAUUCCAAAAGAUUUUUUUAUAGCCAAAAGAGAAUGAGAAAUAGACUGUUGAUUUCCACCACGGAGAACUAGACUGUAUCUGUUUCUGAAUGUAACAAAAAGCAAGAUUUUAGGAAAUAUGGACAUCUAUUUCUUUCUUUUUUUUAAUCACACAAGAAAAAUGAUCACUCAAACUGUUUUUAGAACUAUUAGAGAACACACCGAUUUAUUUUUGUAAUGAGCUUUCAAAAUAGAUUGAAGUAACACCAAUAGCUUAUCAUUUAUCUCUACUCACAGAGAAUAGAAUAAUUUCAUAUUUCAAAGUAGGCUUAUUGCCUUAGAUUCAUGAGCAACUCAGCAAGUGCUAAGUAAUCCAAUCAACUUUGAUGUUUAUCUUAAAAAUUUCUGAGACUCUUGUUUACCUGUGUUUUUCUCCACAAGUCAUUUUGUGAAUGGAUGAGGGGAGAGUAUGUGCUGAGUGUUAGUGUGUAUGUGUGUACAUUGCCAGGUUCCUGUGCCCUCUGUCGGAAAGUUUGCUUAACAUGCUUUUAUAAUUCAGUCUACACAGGAUUCUUUGUUUUUUUCAUUUCAUGUUCUGGCAAGUCCUAUUCAAUUAUGAGAACUUUACCAAAAAUGAUGGAGCGAUCCAAGAGCAUAUGCGGAGAGUUACCACUUGGCCCAGCCAUUUAAUUGGAAAUGCAGUUGUUUUCAUUUCAUUGCCUCCCAGAAAAGGGAACUAGCAACCCAAUAUUCGAAAACCCAGAUGCAAUUCCUCUUCUAUACUUCUUUUUCACAGGUACUUUUAUUUGUUCUUUUAUAUUGAAUUCAAAAAUUCAAUUAAAUUUUUAAAAUUUAAUUUUUAGUUCUCUUCAUAUGCCCUUACUUCCUGUGAAGUAAUCAAUAGAUACUGAGACUCAAAAACGGAUGGAGUAUUGAGAUUUCUUUAAAUGAGCAAAGUAACCACAAUCACAUGUCGAAUAGUAUUCUUCAGCUACAUCCAAGUCCAGGGACUGUUUCUCAUGGAUUAAGGCUUUUGGUUCAGCCAUGAAAUCUAUACUUUAGCAAAGCUCGCUAAAAAUUAUCCACCAGGAAAGGAAGUAAAAUAUAGACACUUGGUUUUUUCCCAUUUCCAUUUUCAUAAAUAUCUCCUCUUAUGCUUUCGCCCUUGAAAAAUUGUUUCAAAAAUCUUUUGCUCACUUUAUUUACAUACGUGACAGAAACGUUUUCAGGCCAUGCAUUGGUGUUGGUGUUAUAUCUGUGCCUCAUCUUAGUUCCAUCUGACCCGAUUAGUAACAACUAAGCCAUUUCAGAGACUGUGAAGUAUCAGAAGACAUGGGAUUUUGUUCUGUCUCUGCCUAUAGCUACCUAUGUUUCUUCGUCAUUUAAUAAAUAGUUAUUGAGUAUCUAUUUUGUAAAAGGCACUGUGUUAACUGUGUGUCUUUAGUGUCCUCGCUGGUAAAAUGAAAAGCCUGACUAGCUGAGCUGAAGGGCCUUCUGGCACCGAAAGUUUGGGUUUAUGCUGUUUCAUACACAUCUUUCUUGAAUGGAUGAUAGUCAUAGAUGUAAAAAUACUAAGGUAUCUCUGUUCAUAAGCCAGAGGUAAGAACAUUCUACUCUUCAGUGUUUGUGAGUGAGUAUGGCAUUCUCUGUGGUUUCAGUGGUAUUUCUGUCUUAUAGGAAACCUAUUAUCAGGAGAUUACCAUGAAAAGGAACUCUUUGACACUUUUUGGAGGUACACGAAAUUUGGCUUGCAUGUGUAUUAACUCCAUGGAUGAGACACACCAGUUCUAAAUAAUGAAUUAAGUUCAGUGCCUGCAUUACUAUGGGUUCUUAUAGUUAAUAUUUUGUUCUGGUAGCAUAAAGAUUCAAAAUGAGAUAGAUGAUGAAUUAUUUUUUAAUAAAUUUUAUCAAAAAUUUGAAAGCAAAAUUGUGUAACAGAAAUGAGCCAGAGUGUGGCCACCAUAUCCUGAUCAUACUGUCUUUCAAUAAAGAAAACUUCUCUUGGGGCUGGCCCCGUGGCGUAGUGCUUAAGUUCAUGCCUUCUGCUUCAGCGGCCUAGGUUCGCUGGUUCCAAUCCCAGGCACAGACCUACACCACUUAUCCGCUAUGCUGUGGCAACGUUCCACAUACAAAAUAGAGGAAGAUUGUCACAGCUGUUAGCUCAGGGCUAAUCUUCCUCAAGGAAAAAAGAGGACGAUUGGCAACAGAUGUUAGCUCAGGACCAAUCUUCCUCAGCAAAAAAAGAAAAAAAGAGAAAAUUUCUUUUUCCUUGGUAGAUCUGAUGAAAUUCUCAACUGAGCUUUUUCUAGAGGUAUUGCAACCAAAACCUCUAGCAAUUCCCAGUAUUACUUCUCAGCCUUCUUCUAUCCAGAUGUCUGUUUGUGACCUUCCUUAAUUUGAACUGAUGCCCACUUAUUGUAUACUAAAUCCUACAAUGGCCAAAAAAAUCCUCUAAAUAAUAAAAAUUUCCAAGUACAAACUGAGAUUUUAAGUAGCAAUUGAUAUGACAAAAUUAUAACACAGUGAAAGAGCUUGGAUAGCCCCUUUAGCAAUGAGAAUAGAUUUUGACCAGGAGUUAUUUCUGGAUGACCUUGUCGCUAUCAUUUUGCUGCUGCAUUGAGGACAUAUUACGAUAUUAACGGGAAUCAUUUUAUUCACAAAGAAUAAAGGAAGAUUACUUUUCAGUAGUAGGGGUUAAAGUAAAUGAGUUAAUAUUUUAAUUAAUAAAAAUUUACUUGAAAUAGUUGGAAAAUUGAGUGAUUAUUUCACAAUUUGUUAGGUACUAGUGUCUGUGUAAUUACUACAUAGACUUUUUACAAAUCUCCUGAUGUUAAAGUGACAUUGACGAGAAGAGAAAUUACAUUUACAAUGGCAUUUCCUAAGUCGUCUCUUUCUCUCCCUAACUCAGUCUCUGUCUCUGUCUAUCCCCUCUCUCUCUCUCUUUCUCUCUCCCAACCACCCCUCACCCCCAUUCCUACAUAUGAAACAUACACACACACAGAGUCACUUAAAAAAGUAUUUUUUUUCAGUGACUGUUCUCUUGAAUUCAAAUUCAGGGGCUGCUGAUGUCACUAUAAUAUUUUCAAAGUAUUUUGUUGUAACCUGUGUGAAUAAUAUACAAUUUAUAGGAUUUGGGGUUGUAGAAUUUAAACUGGAAGAUUCCCCAGAUCUCAGGACUGCAAUAUUCCAGAUCAAUUUUUACAUUCACCUUGCUCUAUAUUAAUUGAUGAUCAUUUAUUCAUUAAGAUUAGAUUUUUUUACCUUAAUAUUUCUCAAAAAAACUCUUUUUGCCCAUUUAAUAUUUUUAUAGACAAUCAUACGUGUAUAAUACUAUCAGUCUGACAUAAAAAUUUGUUAUAUAAUAACAUUAUUCAGUUUAGUCUUUCACUUUUCUCUUUGCUAAUAAGUAACUAAUGUCUGGAUAUGGACAUUUUGUUGAACCAAGGUUGGGUUAGUGAAUAGUUACGCAUAUUUGAUGUGUAAGGUUACAUAUGAGAUUAAAUCUUGGGUAAGUCUGACUUCUCUGUAUAGCAUUUUUCCCCUUGAGAAUUGUACUUCAAUGUAGUUUAUAGUUGAUUAAGUGAACUUUUUCUAAAACCCAAGCCUUCCCUUCAGCUUUUCACAUUAGUUUCUGUAAAUGUUUUAGUUGAGAAUUUAAUGCUUGUACAGUCAAUGGCAAUUUAAAAUAUAUAUAUUAUAUAUGUAUAUGGAAAAACUCUAAAGAUGCUUUUAAUUUAUUUAAUGGCUGUUGCCUUUCUAUAAUGGUGAUAAUUUUCAUUCUUAGAUGGUAAGAAAAAAUUCUUUUUACUAUAGUUAUUACAUGCAAAAUGGAAUUUGGUUCUUUAGUCAAAUCCAUUAAAGGGGCAUAUUGCAGUGAAACUGUGAAGGAUACUUCACUACUGAUGUAUAAGCUUUGCUGAAUUUGUAUCAUUUUCCUCCAGUAAUGGAGAGCUUUUUAUUAUACAGUAUGAAAAUAAAAAUUGCUUAAUUGAAUACUUC